AUGACUGAAUUUUUGUUUAGAACACCUGGUAGUUAUGCAAUUCUACCAGAAUUGAAACCAUGCCCUUCAGGUGGAUUAUACUUUAGAUUUCUCACUGCAACUUCAACAGGUUUGUUGCUAUAUACAGAAAAUAAUAUUACUGGACAAUUUUUUGCACUCACAUUGUUACCGAAUAGUAGAAUAAAAUUGGAAUUGGAAUUACGUUCACCUCAAUAUCGUAUAACAAGAUCACAUACAACUAUUACGUUAGAUUAUUCAGAAAAGAGUAAGAUUGAUACAUAUUUAAGUGAGUUUGAUUCACGUAUAUCUCAUAAAGCAGGUAGCAUUUUUUCUAGUCGUUGGAAUACUGUGGAAAUUACUUUCGAAUCACAGACAAACCACACGAUUGAUGGAGUAAAAUUAAAAAUUAAUGAAUAUCACACUCAAAUGAAAAUUUUUCCACCAGUAGAUUUUUCUCCGUCAAAGAUUUAUUUGACAUCAAAAUACCUUUUACUAGGUCCUUAUGUGUAUAUGGGACAACUUUCAGAUGAAAUGCGUUCAGAUGCAACUCAGCGUGCAUUAUUCAGUGCUGCAAUGCAACCGAGUUUUCAAGGUAUAGUAAAGGAUAUUUAUGUUAUUCAAUGCACUACUUCAUAUCAUUCCAAAAUCCAAAUAGAAAUGAAUUCUUCAAAACAAUGCAUACCAUAUGAACCAAUUAUUCUGGAAAACGGUGCAUUAAAAAUUCACUCUUAUUCUAGUUCUUUAAAUAAAUUAUCACACUUCUGUUCACCUCGAAAUAAUCCUCCAAAUAUAACUCAUGGAUUAAUAAAUGGCCUGAGUUAUUUCAAUUUAUUUCAAAAGCAAACACCAUUUGUACGAUGUGAAAGUAAGUACUAUCACUAUUUAUGA